GUAGAAGUUAUUGUAGAAUAUGAUUAUACUGCUACAGAACCAGAUGAACUAACUAUAAAGAAAGGAGAUAUAAUAAAAAAUGUAAUAAAGAAACAGGAAGGAUGGUGGGAAGGUACUCUGAAAGACAAGAAGGGGUUGUUUCCUGAUAAUUUUGUUCGAAUGUUGGAUAAAGAUUCAUCUAUAGUAUUAAGAAAUAAAAAAGAUGUUUCAAGAAUACGUCAAUGUAGGGUGGUAUUCUCCUACAACCAAAAUCAUGAAGAUGAACUAAACUUGAAUGUUGGAGAUAUUAUUGAUAUUUUGGGUGAAGAGGAAGAAGGUUGGUGGAGAGGAACCCUUGGUGAAAAAAAAGGGGUGUUUCCCUCUAAUUUUGUAGAAGAAAUACUAUGGCAACCCCAUCCUCCUAGUAGGGAUGAUUUUGUAAAUGUUGCUGGUGAGAUUGACUCAAAAGCUCCAAAAUUACCUGCCAAACCAGUUAAAAUUUUAUGUGAGGCGAAAUUUCCAUACAAAGCUCAAAAUGAAGAUGAACUGUCCUUCAAAGAAGGUGAUACAAUAACUUUAUUGAAUAAAGAUAGCCAAGACGCUGGAUGGUGGCAAGGAGAAUUGAAUGGAAAAAUUGGAGUUUUCCCUGAUAAUUUCGUAGUACUUAUAACUAGUGAUGGAAAAAAUAGAAAUAAGGAAGAAAACAAAUCUUCACGGAUAGUUACCGAAACAGGUGCCAUCAAACCAAGUUCCAUAGCAUCCCAACGAAAGUCCUUAGAUUUAAAAAGCAACAAACUAGAAAAACCAGCACCCGAACCUGCCGUAGCAACCACCAAAACUACCCCACCGAUUCCAGGAAAAAAACCAACAUCCAUCAAAAAAUCCCCCUCCAGUACUGGCUCCGCCCUAUUUUCUGAAAUUAAGAAAAAACUGGUGGAUGUUGUGGAUGGUGCUACGGCAAGUAAAACUGUAACAUCGAAGACUGAAGUGGAAAAUCACGAUGAAAACGCUUUCGAUCAAGUUGAAAGGAGGCCCCUUUUGACUGACAUCAGGGCUACAAGAGCAAAAGCACCAGGUCGAAGACCCCCGAAGUCGAUCCACAAAGACGACGACCCUCCCAUACCGAACGGCAACGCCGACCAUAUCGACCAUCCCGACGCCUCCCACGACUCUCUUUCCGAGACCGAUGGCGAGAAGCCGCGCGUGCGCGAAUGGGAGCGCCACAAGGCGCCGUGGCUGGAGGAGAUGAAGAUAAGCCAGGCGAAGAGGACGUCUACGUCACCGGGGGCGGAGCAUCGACUCAAGUUGACGCCCACAUCGGAUGUGGGCGUGGAAGGGGAGGAGCAUGAGGAGGAGGAGGGGAAUAAGGCGUCUCCUAAUGAUAGAGAGGUGGACAUGUCUAAAUCCAUGCCGUCCAUGGACCUCUCGAAAGCCUUCGUCCCCAAACCUAAAACCCCUCCAGAGGAACCCGAAAAGGUACCCAUGCUGCGCACAAAACCCGCCAUACCGACAGUCAUAACCAACCGACAUUCGGUGAUUGGCACCGCCAAAGAACUGUCAUCCGUCAGUUCCGUCAAAGAACUGUCAUCUGUCAGUUCCAUCAAAGAACUGUCAUCUGUCAGUUCUGUCACCACCAGGCACACAGCGAAUGUGGCCAGCAAAGAGACAAUUGUCGUUCGACAGACCGUCACAACACCUCCUAAAACCUCUCCCUCUGUCGCCUCAAAACUCCCUCCGGCUGUCAUUCUUGAGAAAGAGGUGACCAGCGAAGACCUGCCGGAUGUGGUAGCGCGAAAGGAGUACUUGGACGUGUUGGAAAGGUUGAGGAAACUUGAGGUGACAGUGGAGAGGCAGAGUCAGGCCAUUGAGGAGUUGAGGAAUAGGUUGCAGGUGGAGACUGAUAUGAGGAUGUUGCUGCAAGAGAAGGUGGUGCAGAAUGUGCAGGUUUGA